AUGAAAAUAUUUUUUAUUUUUAUAUUACAAUUAAAUUUUGUUUUUCCAAAAGAACUUAUACUUGUUCAAUCUUUAUUUCGUCAUGGAUCUAGGACACCUAUUAAGAUGUAUCCUAAUGAUAUUUUUAAUUUAACAAUUUGGCCUAUUCCAUUAGGACAACUCUUACCACUAGGAAUGGAACAAAGUUUUAAACAAGGAAUAAAAUUAAAUCAACGUUACAUUCAAGAAUAUAAAUUUAUAAAUGCUACAUAUAAUGUUAAUGAAAUAUAUGUAAGAAGUACAGAUGUUGAUAGAACUUUACAGUCAGCUUAUUAUAAUUUAAUAGGAUUUUAUAUAAAUCAUACUACUGAUAAUAAUAUGUUAACAUCAUUAGGUUUCCAAAAUUUUAAUCCAAUACCAGUUCAUACUGUUCCAUUUGAUGAUGAUUAUUUACUUAAUGUAAAUUUUUCUUGUUAUCGUAAAGAAAUUGAAUUUAAAAAGCAAUUGGGACGAAAGGAAUACCAUCAAUAUUUAAUCUCAAAACAACAUAUAAUAAAAAAAAUUGAAAAAUUUUCAGGAUUAAAAAUUAAAAAUGAUAAGGAUCUCAGAGAUUUUUAUGAUAUUAUUUAUACACAAAAAUAUCAUAAUUUUUCAUUACCAAAAUGGAUAACAAAAAAAUUAUUUAAAGAUAUAAGAGAUAUAAGGGAUAAAGUAUGGGAUUAUAUUUCAGGUGAUGGAGUUUUUGGUGUUGAGGAGAAUGUUGAACUUAUAAAAUAUAAUUGUGGAUAUUUAUUAAAUAAUAUAAUUAAAAAUAUGUUAAAAAGUAUUAAUGAAUAUGAGAGUAAUAUUAAGGAUAGAAAAAAAUAUUAUGCCUUUUCAGCACAUGACUCAACAUUAGCAUCAUUUUUAAGAACUCUUGGAGCAAAAAAAAAAUUAUUAGGUACAAAACAACCAGACUACUCAUCUGUUAUAGCAAUUGAAUUAUGGAAAAAUGAUAAAAAUUAUACUGUUACCAUAGUUUAUUCUGAUAAUCCAGAUAAACCAUUUAGAGAUAUAACAGAAUAUAUUAGUGAUUGUAUUGAAGAGGAUAACAAUAUAUGUACUUUAAAUAAGUUUAUAAAAAGAUCAGAAAAAUAUAUUAUAAACAUUACUGAAAAAAAUGGUCAAAGUAUUUUAGAUAGUUUUAAAGAAUUUUGUCAAUUAUAA